UAAUUUUAAAGUUACUUUGGUGGGAAAUCUGUUAUCAUAAUCGAGAAAUAUAUUUAUAUUAUCUGCUUAAUCUGAUAUCCCUACUGAUGCAGCUAGUAUUGUGCUGUUAUAGGAAUGAUACACUUGUGAGGUAUAAGAUGAAAUAUUUUCUUUAGAGGCAUCAGAUGGAAGUGAAAAUGAACACUUUGGAAGUUGGAAAUGAUGUUAUUGACCUUACCACAGAUGAUUGUAAUGAAGUAAUUCUUCUUAAAAAUCCUGCCAGCAAUGUUAAUGCUUCAGUUAUUACUCUUGCUGACACAAAUGACACUGAAGAUGUUAAAUUCUUAGGAAGAUAUGCCAAAUUUAUACCAGUUAUUACUAUUUCAGAUUCAGAUACACUGGAAAGUAAGUGUAAUAAUGAAGAUAUCAAGUCUCUGAAAAGCCUCAGCUCCCACACAUCCCAGUGUUCAAGAGCAAUAUCUAACUUUGGUAUUUUAAACAAUAAAUGUGCCUUAAAUGAUACAGCUUCAUGUAAAUUAGAAGCAAGCAGUAAGCUUGAUGAUCUGUCAGAACAGUCUGAAGGUUGUGGAGAACUGAAAAGGAAAUGUUGUUCCAUUAAGGAAGUGGUAUCACAAGCAAUGAAAAUUAUGAAGACUACUGACAAAGCCCAUGCAUUUGAAAGGCAGGCAACUGCGUGUUACCAACAAAAGCAGCACAGCAUAAAUUCUGAGUACAAUAUACAGAUACAAAAUGCUAAGAAUGAACUCUUAACAAAAGUCAAACAUCCUAAAAAUGAAAUUUCUAAUUGGAAGAUAAAAAAUGAACAUGAUGAGAAUGGUUCAAAAGCACAUCUGAAAAAGCCAAAGAUUAAAGUUAAAGUUAUCAUGAAAAAACCAGGGCCAGGGAUUAACGGAACACAACAAAAUACUAAAAAUCACAAAACAGGUUCCACUAUUUCAGAUCAUGUUAAAAAGGAAGACUUACAAAAUGUAAGUUCUAAUUCUGUUAUUGAAGAAUUUAAGACAGAGUUCAAAACACCAUGUAAUGAAAGUGUAAGAAAGGAAAAAUAUAUGGGUAUGAAGAAUAAUUCUUGUUCCAAUAAAAUUUCAAAUCAGGUGAUGAGCAGAAGUAAAAGAGAACCAAUAAAUGAACCUAUUGCAAAGGAAGAAAUUAGUGACAGUGUAAGUAACAUUGUGAAAAAGCUAAAAAGAGUAAUAGAAUCAAAUUCUGUGAGUCAAACAGAUGGUAAUGGUGAGUGUGGAACUAUUAACAAAAUACAUGAUGAAGCCAGCAGUGACCAUACAGAACAAAGUAUCACAAUAUGUUCCCAGUUGGACAUCAGUACUUCUGAAAUGUCUUCACAUGUUACAGAAAGUGUGGAAGAAGGAUCAAGUUGUAAUGAAAACAUUCAAGCCUUACCAUCAUCAGUAACAACAGCAGAUGAACAAAGAGAAGACUACAUUCCAGAUGUCCAGUUACUGCCAGUUAAAAUGACAAUUACUGAGUGUGAAAACCAGGUGGUGUACACUGUUCCAUUGUUGCGACUUCCGGUCCAAAAACAAAUUAUUUAUUUCUCACGUGACUAUAUAGAGGCAUUUCUGAAAAAAAUCAGAGAUGCUUUCAGUGUUGAAAAAUUUCUUCGCGCUAUACCUGAUCCAUUCAUAUACUUCAGAAAAGAAAGAAGUAAUGAAAGAAAGUAUAAUGAUGAAUGUCUUGCAUUAAUGUAUCUUAAAUCAAAGUACAGGAAAAUUCCAUUUCCUGAUAUUGCAUUUAUAUUUGAGAAAAACAGGCAAAGCUUAACAUUAUCAUGCGAUGAACUUGAUGUAUGGAGAUCAUCUCAGAGAAGAACAAACAGAAAAAUUGGUACAGGUUGUGGGUGUCCAAAACCACAUGAACUCAGCAUGUCAUUUGUACAUGAGGUGACAUUUAUUGAAAAUAAGAGAGUAAUUGAAAACCAUCUUCAAUCUAAAAAGAGGAAGAAAACAACUACAUUUGAAAUUGCAAAACUAAGAGGAGAAUUGCAGCAGUGUGGCCGCUGUGGUGUUACUGAUCUGAUGAUUGAGGAUAUGGCACCAUGUAGCGUGUUCCACCACUUCUGUAAAAUUUGCAUCCAGAAUGUGGUGGAUUCCAGACUCCUUGGAUGUGAAAAUCCAUUUUCAUGUCUCCGUAAGGAAUGCCAGUAUAUAUUCAGCAUGGAAGUGUUAAAGAAAGCAGUAAAACCUGUCACUUUCUCCUGUCUUCUCCACAUACGGCAUUUGAAGGAGAUGGAAAUGCGUGGUAUAAAAUUACUGGAAACAUGUCCUUACUGUGGCUUUGCAGACAUUCCACCCAAAGAUGACCAAGUAUUCUGCUGUUUGAAUCUAGAUUGUAUGAGGGAGACAUGCAGGCAGUGCAAGGGCCCAAAUCAUACUCCAUACCCAUGUGUUAUGGCAAUAAGGCCACAAAUGGAAAUAUCACAUACAGUGACUAAUAGAUCUGAUCAGUAUCAAAACCAGUUGCAAAAUACAAAAAUGCACCCAGAAAAUGACAUUGUACAACAGAACUCAUUGCUGCAGCAACGGCCACAGUCAGUGAUGCUGUAUCCACAGCAGCCUUUAAUUCAUCAUCCUCAGGAAACAUUUAAUCAUUGUCAACCGCAACCAUUAAUGCAGCACUACCAGGAGCCUCUACAUCAUUGUCCUCAGCAGCCACUAAUGCAACAUCAACAGUCUUCAUCAGUGCAGCAGUCACUGCUGCCUUUCAUGUAAGAAGAGCAUAUAAUACAGUAUUUAAGUGAGGAUGCUAGAUACCAGAAUUCUUAAAGAUCAUUUCUGUUUGGCAGGUAAGUUCUUGUUCAGUUCAAAUAGUCUGUGUAAAACUGAACAGCUUUUCACUUACUGCAUAACAGUUUACAGUUACUGAAACAAAAUCCAAGAGAAGAUAUGAAAUGUUAGAAUGGGUUUUAUGUAUAAGUUCCAGUAUGGAGUGCUAAACCAGCAGUCAUUGAUUCACAAUAAGUUUCUGUUUCUGUGCAUGCUUUGUUUUUUGUUUUGUUUUUUUGUUACACACAAUAUUAGUUAUUUGUUCUUACAGUGUUUCUUAUGCACAGUAGUAAUUUGUUCCUGUUUUGCUAUUUCUUAAUAUAUGGAUCUCUUUUUUUUGCAUACAUAAUUCCAAGAGAAUACUUUCUGAAGAUAUUAUUAAAUUAAAAUGUUAUUAAUCUUAAUUUAAACAAAGUUGAUACAAGUUUGAUAUAUGUAUAUUUUUUCCAGCUAAUUUAAAGAUUUAACAGGUAUAGUCUUGGACUGAAGUACACCUGCUUGAUAAGGUACAAUUUGGUUUUGAUGUUAGAGAAGCAAAGGUUUCAGUACAGUCUGUGCAUUCAUUGCUAGAGUAACUUAAAUGCAAUUUAGAUCCUGUUUUUGAAUAGCUCAAAGAAAAUAUACGUCUAGGUAUUAGUGCACAUUUGGGACCACUGAAUUUUGACAGACAUUUAUUUAUUGGUUAGUGAGAUAAAUUGCAAACCUACAAUUCUUUACUGCAAGAAUAAUUUGAAGGUCCAAGGAAAGUUCAUCACCACCACCACCACCACUACCACUGUAAUCAUCAUCACCAUUCUUUGCUCAAGAAAAAUUAAUACUUGUAUAUAUUCAGCAUGAUACAGUGUGAUUGUGUUUAAGUAAACAUUCAAAACAAAACAUAUUCAGGGAUUUUUUUGUGUUCAAUAAAUGAUGCAAAUAUAUAUGUAAGUCUCAAGAUCAAUGUAAUAUCAAUAAGUCAUUAUUGAGUUCCUCAUUAAUACCUUAAUAUUUUGUGUUAUGUUUUACAGAAAGAUGUUUAUUUUGUGACAGAAUGUUUAGUUAAUUGCAUGCUUUAAUUAAUAAAAAUAAAUUAUUGUUUAUGUUCAGUUUCAUUAGAAAUAUAAUGGUGUUCCUGAAAGUUAAAUGUUGUUUUGCUGAUGGCAUGGAAUUUUGUUUUCAUUUAGUUUAUUAUAUCAGAAUUGUGUGUUUGUAUAUGAAAAGAGUACAAGAUACGAGUCUAGAAUAUUGUAAUUCAUGUACUAUAGAGAGCAAUCAAUCUUAAAUGGUACCUCCAAGAAAUAGUUGGAUGUACCUUGAUUCAUGUUUAAUAAUAAAAUGAAAUACAAUUCUGAUGAA